AAUGAGGAGUCGUUUGUAAGUGUGCAUUUGUAAUUGUAGCCAUAGCAAUGAGCGAAGUAAAGCUGUUGGGAGCAUGGCCCAGCCCAUAUGUAAUGAGGCCCAGGAUCGCCCUCAAUCUCAAAUCCAUCUCAUAUGAAUUCCUUGAAGAGACAUUUGGAUCCAAGAGCCAGCUCCUCCUCCAAUCCAACCCUGUCUACAAAAAGAUCCCAGUCCUCAUCCACAAUGAUAAGCCCGUCUGUGAAUCGUUGAUCAUCGUCCAAUACAUCGACGAAGCCUGGACCACCGGACCGACAAUCCUCCCCGUCGAUCCUUACGAUCGGGCCAUCGCCCGCUUUUGGGCAACCUACAUCGACGACAAGUGGUUCCCUUCUUUGUCUGGGAUUGCUCGAGCGCAAGGAGAGGAAGCAAAAGUAGCAGCGAUCGAGCAGGUAAUUGAUGGUCUGCAGCUGUUGGAGGAGGCUUUUGAGAAAAGCAGCAAGGGGAAGGGAUUCUUCGGUGGGGAACACAUCGGUUACCUAGACAUUGCGUUGGGUUGCUACUUGGGGUGGCUCAAGGCGACCGAAAUUAUGACGGGCAAGAAAUUUCUGGACAGCGAGAAGAUCCCGCAUUUGACGGGGUGGGCCGCGCGGUUCUGCUCGGACAGUUCCGUAAAGGAGGUGAUGCCGGAGACGGAAAAGCUGGUGGAGUUUGCCAAAGUGCUUCAGGCCAAGUUCAAGGCUGCUCCUCCUUCCAAAUGAAAGAAGAAUGUAGAAUGCGUUGCUUUCGCUUGAUAGAAUGCCAUUAUCUAUAAUAACAGUAGUGUUAAAAAUGAUUAGUCAGUCCUUUUGGGCUGUUUGGUCA